AUGGCAGUUGACUGUUUGGCGGGAGAAUGGAUGCGCUACGUGAGGGAAUGGCUUCAGCAGCACGAUUUUUCUAAGAAAAAUUCUGGUGUUGGCGGAUUAACGUACACAGAUUUGCUCAACUUGUUGCAAGACGGGCCGCCAGCACCACCAUCGUUGUGUGCUACUUGGGAAAAGAGAGUCUGGAAUCUACAGGACGAACCGCUAGCGCUGUAUUACCUUCGGUGCUUGGCUUCUUCCUUUGAAAAUGUUUAUAGUUUUUCGGAAUGUGCGUUUCUAAUCAGCGCAACCUCCUCUUCGCCCUUUCCCAGGUUGCCGCAUGGUUCUGACAUCCAUGGUGUGCUGCAUCGACGUCCCAUACGAGUCGUCGCGUUGCGUCUUCUGCCUACUACGACGGACAUUGUUCAGCUUGGUUGGCGUGGUACAGAUUUUGUGUCAUCAUCAACUGAGCGACUUCAACCUGCUCUCUGCAGCCGCACACACUUCGUCAUACAGCUGCUGGACAGCAUGCGGCAUUUCUCCGCAUGGGCCUAUGGUGAUGUUGGUACGCAGAUGCGCCUGGGGGAUGUACUAUGCGCCGUUAUGUAUGCAAGCAGUAUGGAUGAUGGAAGUACUGCUUACGUUAUUCACAACACUGAACGAUGUAGCGAUGUGGAGUGGGUGAUGCGGCCAAUGCUAGCAACCGCCGAAGUGACUAGGGACCCAUUCUCCCUUGUGUCGGCUACGCCACCUCUUACUUUUAAACAGCUUACGAGAGCAUUUGCUCCAGAGAUUGCGGGUCAAGAAUUGUGCAAGUCGAUGCUUCUUCUUGUCGCCACACACACGAUAUAUCGUUCACUUCGUUGCCGCAGUCGGCGGCCUCUUCACUUGUUACUACUCGGUCCCUCCCGUUCGGGGAAGUCGGCGCUUUUGCGCGCUUUUCUUCACUUUUUAGGCUCCUGCGCCACACUUGUUGGUGCCCACGUUAUGCGCGGAGGGCAGCGAUCCACAGUUGCUUCGCAGGCUAUCACUGCAGCGUACCCACACGUGCAUCAGCAACUUCUUAUGGCUGGUGCGGUUUCCGCGGUGGACUCACUCGUCAUCGAUGAGUUGCCUGCCAACGGCAGCGGUGCUUUCACGAAUCAUGUGGGAGGCCUCCUAUGUGGCCUGUGUCCCAUAAACAGUGGAGGCGGCAGCGGUACUGGUGGGGCUGCCACCCUGCGUGGUGGGGUGGUCCGUACCCGUGCUCAGAUUACCGCUGCUUCCAAUGAUGACAACCUCGGCAUCGCGGCUAUCGUACCGCAGUUUACUCUUGUGGCUCGCACCACCGCCAACUUGCUGUUACAGAACGCUGCGUUAGUCGGCGAUGAGGUUAUUGCUGCUUCCGUGGCCCGCUCGCAGUCGAAGUCGGCACCUCGGUCUCGCUCUACCUCAUUAGGUAGCAGCAGGGUCUCGAUGUGCCACGGACCGUUAAGCAGCGCAACACUUCACAUCAUUGUGAAGGAGGCGCCGUGUGCCGCAUCCUUGGAGGCGGCCAUUCCUGUUAACGAAUUCACAGCGUUUUACCUUAGCCGUCUUUCCGAGCGGUGCCAAUACGGGGUCACCGAAUGCGAAAAGACCUUCGGCUCACAUUUGGUAGUGCUAUGGGAGUUAAACAUUGCACGGCUCAUACUCAACGGGAUUUGCAAUGUUGAGGCUGAAGCUCAGAGCGGCGAUUGUCGUCGUGCCUGUGUCGCUGGAUGGAACGAAACCCUUGCGGAGGAGGUCUGGUUGUGUUACAAACAUCACCUGUGGACUGCGGAUACGGCUGCUUCAGCUUCGUCCACGACUCUCCAGUCAGCCGUGUCCGUUGCCACGACCUCAGCUGGUUUGAGCUCACUAGAUCACUUCGUAUCGGAAGGACCGGUCUAUGGUCCCGCAUCACGUUCCGCUGCUGGUGCACACAAGCGAAAAAGGGUAGGAAAAAAGGCCGCUUGCCUUGUGCUGUUGCGCCAGAUGUUGGCUGAACAGCGGGCGUGUAAUGGCUCAGCAGUGCCUGAAGAGGUUGUGAGGUGUCUUUUUGAGCGAAUGGGUGGAGAACAUCAUAUUGGAAUGUGUUUAAGUUCGGUGAUUCAGCAGCUUCUGGAUGCCGGCCUUAUAAUAAGGAGGUUAAACGCUUAUGCUGUCGUCGCUGAAGUUUGA